UACAAGUUUAAUUCACUCAAUUGCGAAGUUUGUGCUCCAGAAAUGGGACAAAUGCUGCAGUGCGACAUUAAGGCAAUCGAUCGAAAGCGCAACAUGCUCAACAUCAAUGCCAUUUUAAAUAAAACCGUUUCAGAGUUUGAGAUCGAUUUUAAAAUGGUUAAACGCGAAAUUGGCGGUUGGCAUCCGUUUUUGUACGAAAUGAGGGUAGAUGUUUGCCAAUUUUUCAAGAACCGCAGGAAGUUUUUCAUCCCCAAUCUUAUUUAUUCGUUUAUGAAGCCAUUUACGACUGUCAAUCACACCUGUCCGUACACGGCUGGCGCAGAGAUGGGACUUUUGGAUUACUCUCCUGACGAAGAUGGAGUUAUAUCAAAAUUUCCAGUUGAAUAUGGCCAAUAUGGCCUGCAAACAACAUGGUACAUGAAUAAAGUCCAAGCUUUAAAACUAAAUGGGUCUGUACUAUUUUUUAAAUGA